AUGUCGGGGGCGUUAACUCACAACUGGUUCAUAGACCGUGCUCGGGACUAUGCGUGGUAUGACCUGGCCAGGUUCGAGCAGACGUCGGAGGAUAAUCUCGAAUCGGCAGAGCGAAGAGCUGCAGUGACCGCCAGUGGGCUCUCGCCAGCAGAAGAUUUCAAGAGAAAGACGUGGGAGAACGAGCAGAGAGCUGGCUCCAACGGAUUGAGUUCCAACGAGAAUAGCUUUGAUAUAACUGAAAGCAUUAAUGCUAACGAGAAGAUCAUGAACGUAGAUGAGACCAAAGAGACCGGGAAGGGAAUGGAAGAGAAGGAUGAGGCCAUGCCAGUAUCGUCAAAGAAGCUUGCUAUAGCUACUCCCGAAACUCAGGGGAACUGGCGCAAAAGGUUGCGACAACGGAAAGGAAGAUCACUUUACUCCAUUGCGUUAUGCAACACCAUUGGUUACUACGGUAGACACGAUAUCCCACUCUAUACGCUUGUCCUCUCGCGCACAUAUGUAUGCUCACAGUGA